GCGUGCAGAGAAAAUCCUCAAUAUUUCCCAGAAUUCAUACUUUUUCUUUCAUUUCUACACUUGAUUGAGUUUAACAUGAGUGCCGAUGAAAAAUCUACUCAAUGGAUUAGUGAUUUGAACGGUGACAGCGCAGUUUCGGUCAAAACUGUUCAAGAAAUCUACUGUGAGGCUCGCAAGAAGAAGUCAGAUAUCUACAGCGACUCUCUGAGAGAUGCCCUUGUUUCUGUGAUAAAAAAUCAUGCAAUACUUCCUAAAUUUACUCUACAAAUUACUUGUAGCGCCUUCUUUCAACUCCUGACCACUUCCGGAAAGGAUGACUUCUCUCUGGAUGGAUUCAAUUUUCAAGAUACCCGCUUAGCAGUCAAUCUUAUAGACGGAAUGCUGUCUACGGACUACAGGAAGGCCGUAGAUACGGAGAAAAUAGCGAAGAAAGUACUUGAGGUUGUGAAUAUUUGUUCUAAGGAUCAAUCAAUCUUCAUUCUCUGGGCCCUGAAAAACUUGCUGAACUUCUGCAAGUACUUUCCAGACUUUAAGUAUGACUUUGAUGUACUCUUGAUGACAGUCUGGAUGAACUUGACAUCAAAUAUUGCUGGAGUGAGAGAACAAACAUUAUCUUUGAUGGAAUUCAUCACCAAGAAAUGUCCGGAACGGAGUAAAUACAUCUUUCAGGAGAUUCUAAAUCGAUGGUCCUGGACAAAUCCUCACAAGUAUUACCUGUUGGGCGUGAUAGCAGCCAAUGUGAACACUAUAUUUCAUGACUUUGAGGAAAAAGAGAAACAUUUGUUCUUGGAAGGACUCUCAAGUUCACUGAGACAUCGCAAUCUUCUCUCUCCUGGACAGUAUCUCUUCAAAAGUCUGGUGAAACACAAACAAGUGAAUAUCUCUGAGAUGAUGAGGAAUAUUCUUCUCGAAAGAUCUCCUUUGGAAGCGGAUAAUUUCAUUAAUCAGUGGCUGAGUUCAUACAAAGAUUUAGACUGUCUCUUGGACGAUCUGAGUUUGGAGUAUGAAGAGAUGGACACUUGCCGAUACAUCCUCGUUCGAAGAGCAUUCAAUGAACAGCUGGCAUCUCAAAAUAUCCAACUAGAUCAGGAUCUCAUGGAAAAAGUAGACUUGAGUAGUCUGGAAUCGAUUCUGCGACAGCAUUUGUACGAAAUUCUCAUCCAUCGUCUCACGAAAGGCAUCGACAUGACGGUGAAUCUGCAAUUCUUGGAGCGCUUUCUCACUUUUCACAUCGCUGACAACAAUACUGGACUCAGGAACUAUAUCUUUAAGAGACUGUCAGGCAUUCUGGUGCAGUUGGCGAGGAAGGAACGCAGAGAAUCUCCGGAGACAAUCAAAUUUUUCAUCUUUCUGAAGCGAGAAGUCGUAGAUUGUGGAUUAAAGAGUGAUCCAGAGGAAUAUCAGCCAAUCAUUUUUGCCCUAAGAAUGAUGGAUUUGCUGAUGAGAUUCCUGUCCGGAAGAUAUAGCUUGACAAAGAAUCACAGCGGCGAGGGAAAUGAGCGAAUCAGAGAAACUCUGGAGAGAAGCAAUGUUUUCAAGUUCUCAUCUGAUGAGGAUUUCAAGAGAAUUCUUCCUCAGCUGAGGAGCAAUUUUGAUGAUGUCCAGGAACUGACUUGUCAGAUAAUCUGUGAGUUUUUCCAAGGAGAAGAAGUGAAAGUCGACGUCCAGAGACUCUUCAGAGAGGCUCUUUUGUCUGAAAACAGCAUAGAAUCUGCGAGUUCUUGUCAUUUGUAUGCGAGAAUUCUUUCAGAAACUAGCGAAGAGGUCCUGACUGAUCAUGUAGAUUCUCUGAAAGAGAGUUUUAAGGUCUUCCAGGAAGAUCCCUUUGCGUCAGUGCAAUCUGGUCAACAUAUUUUCCACAAAAUUGCUUCUUUGGUGGAAAUUGUGAAGUGUUCGCGGUCAACGAAAGAUCAUCCAAUGCAGAUUCUGAUGAAUCUCACUUUGGAAAUCACAGAGAAAAUUCUAAACUUCCUGAAUCACACUGGAGAGUUCGAGGAAGCGCCGAGCUUUGAAGUGAUGGAGGAAAGUCUGCAAGUUCUCAUUGACAGAUCUCGCUUGGAAGCCACUCAACCUCAUGCAGAGGCCAGGAAACUUCUGCUCCUCUCUCUCUGGAUGACUCUCAAGGCCUGUGGAGAGCUGGCAACAGCUUCUGCCCAGAAUCAGCAGGAACUCGCGAUUGCUAUGAAAGUCAACACCAGCAUUCUGCAACGGUGUCGCCACAAAGGCGCCAUUGAGGCGGCGGGAUUGUCUUUGGGCAGCCUUGUUCGCAGAAUUGAUCCAGAGAAUCCCAUCUUAACCGCCUCACUUGAGAGUCUCUUCGAAGAGAGAAAGAAACUCAGCACAACUCGUCGUGCAGCCGGAUACUCAAUCAUGUUUCUCAAUCUUCUCCGGAAUGAUCGUUCUGAGGACAAGAAGCUUCUUCAGCGCUCAAUGAAGAUCAUUUUUGCCAGUCUGCAGAGGAAGAAUUCGAUGAUCGCGGAGAAUUGCGACAACAUGGAGGCUGUGAUGCUGCACUAUCUCUGUAUUCUGGUCAAAGACAGCUCCUUGUUUGAGAGUAUGAUUCCAUUCAUACCGCGGAUCCUCUCGAUAGCCUUCCAGAAGAUCGACAGUGACGAGUGGACGGUAAGAAAUGGCGCUCUGCAGCUCUGCGGUGCUCUCAUUCCCAAGAUUGUGGGCCAGAAGACGCACUUCCAGGAAGAGGAAGAGUGGCAACCGGUGAAACUGUCUCUGGACGAUCUCAGGACUCGCUUCUCAGACAUCAGCGACUUCCUUCUGGCUACUUUGAUUGACUUCAAUCGUCACUCAACGACGAAACUCAUCACAAUUCUUGAACUCCUCUCUCGAAUUGAGUUCUGGUGGACAGAAAUUCAGUCUGAAGACAAUGUGACAGCAUUCAGGAAAACGCUGUGGACUCUUCUGAGCCAUCCGUGCCAUAAGAUUCGCCUUCUCGCUGCGAAGUGCUUCUCUGGCUGUCAUGAAUUCCAUCAAAUCCCAAGAAUUGUGCUCGGAAUAGUUGAAAUUCUGCCUGAAAUCUGCGAUUUGAAUGCUUUCCAUGGGCUCAUCCUGGCUUGUGACGCCCUCACGAGGAAGUACAAAGCCGAUAGCUUUGCCAUGCCCAGGCACAAACCUCAAGACUUCCUUCUCAAUCUCCAUGAAGCAAUCGACAGGCGAUGGAUUGAUUUUCCGGACAGGAAAAUCUCCUCUUUCACCAGAAUAUACUUGAAAAAAUACUUAAUUUAUGUUGAAAAUGAUUUGGCAAUUAAAAUACAAGCUGAUCUUGGAUCUUAA